CUUUUUGAAAUGAAUCAAAAUGAAAAUGAAGCCACAAUGAAAGAAGUAGUUUAGAGAGGGCAAGGCCAUUUUGGUCCAUAUAUUCCAAAAUUAGUCGGCCAUGGUCGAUAUUGACGAGGACGCGCACAUUGCCUUCACCUUCUUCUUCAUCUUCUUCUUGUUCCUUUCUUUGAUAUUCAACACCUUUUAACCAGUCAAAUCUCUAACUCCCCUUCCCCCCGCUUCCUAUUAAAAUCCUACCCCUUUUCUCUUCUUCCCAAAUCUCCAAACUUUCCCAUUUUCCAAACCCUACCAUCUCUCUUUUCCCUCUUAUCUCAUUCAAAGUAAUGGGCCAAUAUUCAUCCACCCAUUGCGGUGGUGGGCCGAAACACCGCCACCGUACCCCACUAACCAACCACCAAUAUAUCAUCUCCAACAAUUCUGACUUUUUCUCCCUUAUCAAUUCAGAUGAUGACGAGUCAACCGUUCCAUCGGUUUUCGAGAAUCGUGAUUACACCGAUGAUCUUCCUGAUGAAUGUUUGGCUUUGAUUUUCCAGUGUUUAAGCUCCGGAGACCGGAAAAAAUGUUCCCUUGUUUGCAGGAGAUGGCUUUUAGUUGAGGGUCAAAGUCGACAUCGUCUUGCCCUCAACGCUAAAGUUGAGAUUCUUCCUCAUGUUCCUGCUAUUUUCUCUCGUUUCGAUUCCGUUACCAAACUUGCUCUCCGGUGUGAUCGGAAAUCGGUGAGUUUAAAUGAUGAAGCGUUGACACUUAUUUCCCUUCGUUGUUCUAGUCUUAUUCGCUUAAAGCUUCGUGGGUGUCGUGAUGUUACCGAUGUGGGUAUGGCUGCUUUUGCGAGAAAUUGUAAGAGUUUGAAGAAAUUCUCUUGUGGGUCUUGUAUGUUUGGAGCUAAAGGUAUGAAUGCUUUGCUUGAUAACUGUUCUUCUCUUGAAGAAUUAUCUGUUAAGCGUCUUCGUGGUAUCAAUGAUGGGUUUGCAGCUGACCCAAUUGGGCCGGGAGCUGCGGCUUCAUCGCUUAAAUCUAUAUGUUUGAAAGAGUUGUAUAAUGGACAGUGUUUUGCACCUUUGAUUAUUGGGUCUAAGAAUUUGAAGACAUUGAAGUUGUUGAGGUGUUUAGGUGAUUGGGACAGGCUCUUUGAGACAAUUGGAAGUAGUGAAAAUCAUGUUGCUGAGAUUCAUUUGGAGAGGCUUCAAGUUAGUGAUGCUGGACUUAACGCAAUAUCGAAUUGUCCAAAGUUGGAGAUUCUGCAUUUGGUUAAGACACCCGAAUGCACGGAUGCUGGAGUUGUAGCAGUGGCUAGGAAGUGUAAGUUAUUGAGGAAGCUUCACAUUGAUGGAUGGAGGACAAAUAGGAUAGGAGAUGACGGUUUAGUUGCAAUCGCUGAGAAUAGUUCGAAUCUGAAAGAAUUGGUGCUUAUCGGUCUGAAUCCUACAUCGACUAGUCUGUUGGCAAUAGCUUCGAAUUGUCAGAAGUUAGAAAGAUUGGCACUUUGUGGUAGUGACACUAUUGGAGAUCCUGAAGUAUCUUGUAUUGCCACGAAAUGUAUGGCGUUGAAGAAGCUGUGUAUUAAGGGAUGUGAAGUGACGGAUGAAGGGAUUGAAUCUUUCGCUUGGGGUUGUCCUAAUUUGGUGAAAAUCAAGGUUAAGAAGUGCAAGCAUGUAACGGGUGAUGUUGCUGAUUGGUUACGAGCUAGGAGGCGAUCGCUAGCGGUGAAUCUGGAUGGCGGGGAAGUUGAUAUUGAACCUGUGGAUGGAAGUGCUAGUGAGGGUGGAGCACUAGAAGAAGCAGCAGAGUUUCAACAUACUGCGACUACACUGCCCGUGAUUCGUGCUGCUGAUAUUCCAUCAACGAGCAAUGUAGGUCGAUCAUCAGCAGCUAAGCCAUGGUUUGGAUUAUUCGGAGGAAGGGGGCUUGUGGCUUGCACUCUACGCAGGUGGUCAAAUGGUAAUGGUGAUUCCAGUGAGAGCUUAUGAAUAUCAUGAACAAAUGUUAAAACAGAGAAAACAUACUGUUAAAUUUGUUAGCUGUACUUGAUCAUACAAUGGUCUGCAUUCAACUUUUUUCAUUCAUCUUUUUAAAUUUCUUAUUUGUGAUCCUGAAUACAUUGUGCAGAUAUACAUGUCACUUCCCAAUUUUGAUGCA